AUGGCUUCGGCUAUAGCUCAUGCUGGAUUGUUGGCAGGCAAGGUGUCUAUAAUUACAGGAGCCUCGUCCGGCUUGGGGCAAGCGAUGGCACUGGAGUUUGCCAAGCAGGGCGCUACUAUUAUUUGUGCCGACCAAACACCUGGCUCCAAAAGAAAUAAAAAUCAACUCACACAUGAGAGAAUAUGUGAACAAGGUGGUAAGGCAAUAUUUGUCUCGACAAAUGUCGCGGACGAGAACGACAUGUUGAAGCUCAUCCGGGAUUCGGCAAAUCAGUUUGGACGGAUUGACAUAAUGGUUAAUAACGCUGGCAUUGCUCCCGAGGCGUUUGAGCCACGACCCAUCUGGGAGACAUCUCUGCAGACGUUUGAGCGAACUUGGGGGGUCAACAUGCGCGGCGUCUUUCUCGGGUGCAAACUCGCUGGUGCCCAAAUGAUGCGCCAAGAGAGAAUCCUUGGCGACGGCAGGGCCGGAACUAUUAUCAACAUCGGAUCUAUACUUGGCGUGUUGGGGAAAGCAGGCACGCCUGCAUAUUCGGCCACAAAGGGCGCUGUAAUCGCUUUUACACGAGCAGUAGCUAUGGACUAUGCUCCGCACGGCAUCCACUGCAAUUCAAUUCUUCCAGGAUUCACAAAGACCGCAAUGAUCUCAGCUAUGACAGAUGACGUCGAAAUCGAGCGAGAGAUGGCACAACGACAUCCUCUCAGGCAUCUCGGCAAGCCAGAAGACAUUGCAAGUGCUGUUGUAUUUCUUGCUAGCAGCAUGUCGGACGGGAUUACAGGUCUGAACCUGUCUGUGGAUGGCGGAUUACACAGUCAACUAAGCGUGUAA